AUGCUCGCGGGGCCUGCUAGGCGUCAGUGGACAAGACGACCUCGACGUCGUGUGUGGAGACCGGUGCUGCCAGACGAUGCGACUGUCACAACUGAAGUGUCUCCAACGGUUCAUGACCAGGAUCAUGGCCCACGAGGACCUCAGGAAGAUCGUGGCACUUGUUACGCCUUUGCAGCAGCAACUGCAAUCCGCAGUGCUCAGAUGCGGAUUUUUAGCAGAGCUGUUGAGAAACAUGAAUCUCUAGUGCGCGAGAUCACUGCUCGGUUUGGUUAUAAUGGCGCACCCACGCGAACUGUGCUCGACUUUUUCUGCCCCCUGAAGCAGUUACGGUAUGAAAGCCUUGAUGAAGCAGCGGCUGCCCGAGUUGUGCAGAGUGAAAGACCAGUGAUCGCUUGUUUUUGGUUGAGCGAGGCAGGGUGGCGUCGCUUCGAUGAUUUCUUUGCACGAAAUCCAGAUGCAAGUCUUCAGGCAGAAGACUUGUCUCCUCCAGAAGAACGGCCUGGGGAGUUGGAAGGACAUGCAGUGGUGAUUGUGGGCGCAUCUGACCAGGAUUGGGUCAUCAAGAACUCUUGGGGCGAGCGGUUCGCCUUUGCGGGCUAUUUCCGUGUUCGCCAAGAUGCCCUCCGCUUCAGGUUUUAUGACGUCUUCUCUUACACCAGCGAUCUCAGCCGCAGAGAGAUAGCGGCCUACUGCAGGGCACCAACAGUUUUGGAAAUUAGCAUCCAGGACCCGUGCAGGUCCGACAGGAACCCAAUCUCAUCACUUGGAUGGGAAAUAGAGUUCGAAAGAAUGAGGAUUGAAAGGGUGCGCACAAGAAACUGCAGCAUUGCUCGCUGGAAUCGACAGAACCCAUACAAAAGAGUGCUGCCGGGCUACCAGAUCUUCUGCGUUAAUGGUCGCCGCGAUCAGCCGGGCAUGAUUUGGGAGCUGCAUCACGCAGACAGACUGCAAGUUUCGCUCGUUGUCGACGCAUCAGCCAGGAUCCAUGACAUUUUUGACGACCGAGCCAGGCGCUUUUCAUUCGCCCACUCAGCGGCCACAGGCAUCUGCCGCACGCAGGGCCGCAUCUUCGGACGUCCCGUAGAGCAGCACGGCGAGCUUGUUGCUGAGCUCAUCGAAAGGUGGGGUCAUGGCAAUACAAACUUUCUUGACGUGCUGACAGAAGCGUGCAGAUCAAGACAGUUGCAUUGGUCUGAGCUCACCACUGCUGCCGAUGCAGAAGAGGUUCUACAGCAUCGGAGCAUCUUUGCGAGCUUUGCUUUAGACUCCGCAUCAUGGCAGGCCUUCCAGGCCCAAGCUUCUUCGGAAGCCCCCCAUGUUGUGCUGAGAGCCGGACAAAUCCAGAACAAUGUCUCGGAAGACCAGCAAGGGGCGGCAGUUGAAAUUUGCGGGCAUGGCCACGGCUUUUGGGAGGUGAAGGACUCGCUGGGCGGCCGAAUCAUGGUGGAACAGCAGGCCCUGCACUUCCGCUACUUCGAUAUCUUCUUUUACGAUACGGAGUUGUCCCGGGAUGAGAUCUCCUUGUUCAACACUGCAUGCCAUGUUCUUGACUUCGAACUUCGCAGACAACCCGGUUGGAAAAGAGGCCUUGAAACUUUAGGGUGGGCUGUCAAUCGAGACACGCUGCGCAUCGAGUGGGCUGCGCCGCGGGGUCGGUCUCCUGUUGGAGCGCACAACAUGAGACGGAGCCCUCGGCUGCAGAUUCUUGCUGGACAUAGCAUCACGGCCGUGAAUGGGUUUGUAGAGAAAGAUCAAAUACUGAACGAGUUGGAGCAUGCAGUCUCUCUGAUUGUUCGCAUUGUCAGAGUGCAUGCGUAG